UGAAGGCAGCGCUUUUUCGGAUGUGACGUUCACUUUACGUCCACGUCUCCGACAGUGUUUUUAAAAAAGCGGCGGUUGCUCCUCGAGCACCUUUUUGUGAAUAAAUAGCAUUAUUUCUUUAUCUCAGUUCUCCAGCACAAUAACAAACCUGGGAUUCUGGUGUUUUUCUGUAAAGUUGUAAGCUUCUUUACUGCACCAGGAUCAUGCAGCACCAGCAGUAUGCUGAAGAGCAAGGCAUCCUGGGAUCACUGUGUCCUGGGCAAAAGAAGCUGCAGGGGAAGAUCUUCUAUCUGGACAGUUUGAAGAAACGACCAACAUCCCUGCUUUUGGAGGCUGUAUCUCUUCUAGGAGGGAAGGUCGAGGGUUUUCUGCACAAAGAUGUGAGCUUUGUUGUGACUGGAAGCCAAGAGGGCCUGAAAGGAGCAGAAGUGUACAGAUACCAAAGCAGGGGCGAACGGGACAAGUGAAGAAGUCAAAAGUCCUAUAAUGCAGCGAGCGAGCAUUCUCAGCAGUGACAAACGGCGACCAGGAACUCCUAGACCAAUGGCUUGUGGCAGCCGGGGGAAGGCCCUGCUUGAAAAAGCCAUUCGCAACAAUGAACGACUGCUGGGGAGCAGUGUUUUGAACAAUGCCCGGUCAUGGGGAGUGAAGAUUUUGUUUGUGGAUGAUGUCCUUUUGUAUUUGAAACAUUUGACACGAGAGAGCUGCAGUGCUUCACACAAGAGGCCGGAGAAGACUAACACCAAACAACAAGGUGCUCAUGUUGUCAAAGCUACACCUUUGAGGGCUCCCUAUCUUAAAAUUGAAGACUCGAGCAGGAGAUUCAAGCCCUUGAAUAUACAAUCGAUGACCUUACCCACUCUGUGGUACUCUGGCAAAUUUAGUCCCUUUGAAUGUCCUGCUCCUCUGUUUGAAAAGCAGGAAGAGCCAGGAGAAAAUAAAACAAGGGAGAAGAAAAAAGUUGAGAACAGCGUUCAAGACAAAUCUCAAACCCCACUCAGCUGUAAUCCUUCACCUUUGCAGCCACCCAAAAAGAAUGUGUCUUACUGUGAAUGCUGUCAUCAACCCUUCAUAAAUAUUGAGGAGCACAUUCAGUAUGAGCAGCACCGUGAGUUUGCGCUGGACCCUUCUAACUACAGUGUGUUGGACCAACUCGUGGCUGAAAUGCUUCCAGGAUUCAACCCCAAUCCAGCUGAACAAUCAGAAGAAGCACUGAACCGACCACCAACUCCUUUGCCCAUCUGCGAGCUGGAGCCCCUCACUGAUGCUGAGGCGGAGGAUGCUGUUCAGUCCCUGCACAGAGGUUCAUCAUUCAAUAUUCACAUCUCCAGCCCGACUAGGGGUCCUCUUUCCUCUGGCCCAGCCAGCCCACCACUAGGAGUUCAAUGUAUCAUCCCAAAUCCACUGGCCACUCCACCUGAGGACAUCCAGCCUUUCACUACUAACAGCUGACUGCCAGCUCCCUGACAGCCAUCCUUGUGUAUUAAGUCCAGCCAUGCCUGUUUUGGAUGUUGAGCCACAAGACCACAACUCAUCCAGCCUGCAGCUUGAUAUUCAAGAUCUCUCCCCCUGCCCAUCUCCUGACCCUUACUCCCUGCCUCCAGUCCUCAGCCCACAAGUCCCUUAUCCCUCCUACAUUAUGGAGCCGCGCUGCCUGUACUCGGAGCCUCCUGUCCUCAGUCCUCAACUGUGCACUGCAGAGGAGGCUGUGGAAGGACACACUUGUGAAAUGGACACUGCAGAAAGUGUGUCUCAGUCUGUCCCGGAUCCUAACUCCACCCCACUUUUUCCCUCUGUGAAUUUAACAAAUGCAGAAGGAGAAACGGGAUCAAAGCAACAAAGCCUUUUAGGAUUUAGUGCUAUCUCAUGUUCCACCAAUGGUUGGAAGUGUGCUCUGCUGUUGUCACGUAGAUCUCGCUCCCUCCCUCGACGGUCAGCGUCGGCAGUAAACCCCAAAAAGCGCUGUAGAUCAGCCAGCCCCGAACACAGCCGGAGCAAAAGGAGGAGGAUUACAGCGGAUUUUGGGUACUGUGGUAGCUGGACUGAACAAGGGCAUAAAUCUGCCAAACCAGACAUUAUGGCAAAACCUGAGGGCUGGUUGUUAUUUGAUAAGGUCUUUUGUCAGGUAAUGCAGUCCUGUCCUGUGCCAAAGGUCUCUCCAACAUGCACUGUGGAAACACUUGGUUCAAAACAGACUUUUACAAAGUUUUGUGUUCCUACAUUACAGAAUUUCCCUCAAAUGGCACCAAAUCAAAUGGACAUUUUAGGUCAUGGUAGCACUUAUGUUGCUGAUCAUCCAUCACAGCCACUCUCCUCAAAUGCAAAGACUUGUGAUCCGCCACCUCAGUUCCCCAAAGCUAAAUCUCACAGUGCAUUUUCCGGUCAAGUCUCUCAACAUACGCUAUCCCACUCUACCUCAGUGUGCAUAGAGUCAUUCCUCAUCCCAGACUUAGCCACGUUCUCUUCAUCAUCAUCAGACUCUGACUGGGACUGUGGCUUGCUGUCUCAGCUCGGACCGACCUCUGCUGCUCCUCUGUCACCCACUGAGCAGAGCUGUGAGCUUGACAAGGAGCUCCUCCACAUGCCGUGCACCUGGAUGCACGACACCAGCUAUGAGUCACGUCUACACACAGUCCUUCAGCCGCCAAACCCAGCCGCCUCACUGUGUGGGGAAGAAAUGGAGCCCUCAGCAUUUUCCAGGACUCUAGUGCAGAUUGUUGAGGUUCAGCACUGAUGGUUAUUUUCUUGGUCAUUUUAAAGGACUGGAAGAACCACUACCUGGAAGCUGUGUAAGGCUUUAAGGCUCAACAUUGCAGCUGCGUAUCCCACUGCAAGAAACAAUGGGCACCACUUAAGCAAAAUAAGUAAAUGAAAUGUACACUGAAUAAAUAAUUUGACUUGGUGCAAACUAAAAUGUAAUAUUUAGCAGUUUUACAGAUGCUGAUUUUAUUUUAUUUUUAAGUUUUGUUGCAGUAGAUGUUACUUAGUGAAUGCUGCAUCUUUCCAAGAUUUUAAAGAGUGUCCAUUAUAACUUUUCCUGUCAACCCCUAAUCCUCCUCGUGCACAGAACCCGGAGCAAUAUUGUGUGUGGUGCAGACUCAGGCUUUCAGCAGCUAUGUCUGGGAACACACGGUGGUAUUGAGAAUUUAAUGAGACUUUUCUGAAGGGGGCAUUACUCAAUUACUGUGAGUGCUGCGUCUGGAUCAGAUCCCACUUGCGUUGAUGUGGCGUUCGUAGAGUGGAGAACUCUCACAACCUGUGAGACAAAAAUCUGUCUGAUUAAUGUCAAAUUGCCUUUUCCUUUAUAAAGGUCGGCCAAAGGACCGGCUUUUUCAAAGAGAGGGGCUUCACGGUCGUGUGCUGCUGCAGCAACGGGGAGGUUUAUUGUCUUCACUAGUUUUUCAAGUGUAAGGUCACCUGCCAUUAAAGACUCAUUGAUGCUCAUUAUAACAAAAGCAAAUGGCACAACUUAUUAUUUAAUGCCCCAUGUUGUCUGAAAAUCGCACCUUCUGAAUAUCUUGCAUGUACAUUUUGAAAGGCGGAUGCAGAAUGCGACAAGACGAACCACACAUGAUUUCAAUACGUAUAAGACCAGCGGUUCUCUUAUGAAAAUGUAAUGGCAAUUCGUGUACAGUGUUUUUAAAUAAAUGUUUUUGACCAUAAA